AUGAAUCCAGAAAAAAACCCUUUGAAAAGCUUUUCAGUUGAGUAAAUCAAAUCUCUUCUUGGAGUUAAGUUACCUAAAGAUUAUGAUCCCACAUAAUAAACAUAAUUAGAUACUUAACCAAGCAAAAGUCCAUUUUAGUUGCAAGCAGCAGGAGCAAUAAAGGGAAGAAAUUCAGGAUCUAACAGUAUAAUGAACAGACUACCUUAUGAUCUUGACAAUAGAAAGAGAUACCCAGACUGUGUAAAUCCGAUAAGAGAUCAGAUGAAAUGUGGGUCUUGCUGGGCAUUUUCAUCAACAAAUAUGCUAGCUGAAAGAAUAUGUGUAGCUACAAAAGGUGCAAAAAAACCAAUUCUCUCUCCUUAAAAUCUAGUAUCAUGCUACAAUCCUACUGAUUGGGGCUGUGAUGGUGGCUAUGUUGAUGAGACCUUCAAGCAUUUGGAAGAUGCAGGUGUAAACACAGACGACUGCAUGCCUUAUUAAUCUGGAAACGGCACUAAUGUUUAAUGUCCAGCUUAGUGUGCAAAUUCUGAUCUGAUUACAAAUACUUUUAAGUGCAAAUCCGGUUCCACAUAAAAUGUAAGUUUAAGAUGCCAUUCUAAUAAUUCCCUCCAAUAGUUAAGAUCGGAAGAGCAACUCAAGAAUUACCUCUACUACAAGGGUUCAUUAGUAGCAUAGUUUGAUGUAUACUCAGAUUUCUUAAAUUACGGCUCUGGAGUUUACUAUCACUUAACGGGUGACUUUGUUGGUAGACAUGCUGUUAAGAUGAUCGGAUAUGGAGUUGAAGCAGGUAUAAAGUACUACCUCUGUGCAAAUCAAUGGGGCACUGAAUGGGGUGAUAAAGGCUACUUCAAAAUAAGAGUAGGUGAUGUAAAGAUAGAUUAAGAUGCUUAUGGUUGUGAUCCAGUGGUUUGA